CCAACCCAAUCUAUGGGAACAGAACGGAACCGUGGGAGGAACGCAACUGACUUUACAGAUUUGAGCAGUGGAUUUGAGGAACCCCUCUCCUUCAUGUCAAUCGUUUUGAUUUGGCGGAUGUCAUACCGACCAAGCUGAACCACUAUAGAGCGCCAGAUACACGCAUUUAAGACAAUCGAAGCGGAAACGCAGGACCAUCAUCGGGAUCCAGUCAUCAUCUCGCCAGGCGCGAGGUAUUAUUUUGCAGGAAAACGAGAGAAUUUUUCCAGUAUAAAUCCGGGUAUCAAAUUCAACACCUUGUCUCUUGGAAAAAAGAGAGCUCAGCAGCAGCUCGGAAUGACCACCUUGGAACGUUUGAAAUUCGGAAAGGAGGCAAAGGACAGCGUUACGCUGCUGCCAUGUUUUUAUUUUGUAGAGCUACCUAUUCUUGCCCUAUCUUUCAUCACUCUUUACUUCCUGGAGGUCACAGAUAUUUUCCAACCAGUGCAUUCUGGAUACAGUUGCAAUGACAAAAGUCUUUCUCUUCCCUACAUUAUACCCCAAAGAGAAGUUUGUCCUCUGCCUCUGCUCUUCAGCUUGGUAUUUGCCAUUCCCACUGCCACUAUUCUCAUUGGAGAGGCUAUUCUAUUCUGCUAUCAAUCCAGGAGGUCCUCGAUGAUGCAGACUGAGGCAAAUAUCAGUGCCGCAGGCUGUAAUUUCAACUCUAACAUUCGCAGAAUUGUUCGCUUCAUUGAGCACCCCAAUGUAUCGACAUCAGGAGGACACCACAUUGGUGGAACCAGGAGACUGGAUCCUGGUGUCCAUAUCUUCGGGCUGUGUGUGACAGCACUGAUAACUGAUAUUUUUCAGCUAUCAACUGGACAGCACACACCUUACUGGCUGGAUGUGUGCAAACCCAAUUUCACUAACAUUAAUAUUUCGACUUGUGAUGACGCUUUUAUUCUGGAUGACAUAUGUUCUGGACAAGACGUCAUCCUAAUCAUUGCUGCAAGGAAAUCUUUUCCCUCCCAGCAUGCUUCAAUGGCAGGCUUUGCAGCUGUUUAUGUCUCAAUGUAUUUAAACACAGUGCUGACAGACUCCACAAAGCUGCUGAAGCCUCUUAUGGUGUUUUCAUUCAUCAUGUUCGCUAUCCUCGCCGGAUUAACCAGGAUCAUACAGUUCCGAAACCAUCCUGUUGAUGUCUACUGUGGAUGGAUUCUGGGGAUAGCUGUAGCUACAUACCUGGGAAUUUUCACAGUGGGAAAUUUCCAGCCCGGUGAAGAUAAGUCAAAAAGACGUCUGCUGCCCCCCACAUUAGGGAAGCAUCUCCCAUCUUCUUUCCACAGUGUCUGUCAAUCAGAAGUUAACACCAGCCACCAAGUGGGCCACCACAUGUUGACAGCCAACCAACCAGAGCCAAUCAACACCAGGCACAUUUCCCACAGCUUGUGCUCGGAGCAGAAAGAACGAUUUCUGAAACGAAGCUCCUCCUACCGUGAGCCUUCUCAAUCCAAUCUGAAGAUCGUCAAUGCUGAUUUGGAAACGAUCAGUCUGACCAGUUCUGUGAGGAAUUGUGAUAAAAACUUCAGCAGCACCACAUUACCAAGGUCUCACGGUAGCUCGCCAUUGGAGGGAGGUCGCAUUCCCCGCCGUCAUGCCUCUAUCCAUUCCUCAAUGGAUUCAACGCGAUCCAAGCAACUCCUCACCCAGUGGAGGAAUAAAAAUGACAAAAGGAAGCUAUCUCUGCAGGUUAUGGAUGGCAUAAGACCAGCUUCAUUAUCUCCUCAAAGAGAUGUCCAGCUACACUAUCCCUCUGAAUCAUUUGCCAUCGGAUUAGAUAUGGAGCUCCAGAGUGGAACCCACCUGCCUCCACCCAAUGGCCGGGAAGGAUCCCACAUCCCAGCCUCAUACAUGAAAAUGGCUGCAAGCUGUGUUCCUAUAGCCAAUAAACACCCCUUGACCCAGAAUGAAGGUAUUGGCUUUGCUGGUGGACCAAGAAUGAUUGUUCAGUCACGUCCUGGAUCUUCUCAGCUAGUUCAUAUUCCAGAGGAGGAAAAUUCUACUAACAAGGAUCAGGAGAGUGAAUCAGAAGAGAGCAGUUUGGAUGUGGUUGGGUCAGCUAAACAAAAGUGGAUGAGAGCUGCGGAGAAGACCACCAUCCCCUCCAGACCUCUCAGUGCAGGCGGUCAGCCACGACUCAUGCAGGCAGACACUUGUCCUGGUCUUCCUUUACAGAGUGUAUCGCUACAAUCGCAGGUAAUUGCUUUCUCAAAACAGCAGGGUUUGCUUAACUCUCGAUCAGAGGAUGGUGGCAGUUGCACUGGAUCGAUUCGGUACAGAGCCUUAAUGGAGCAGGAGUCAUCACCACCGGCAUCCACUACUGGUGCAAUCGAAGGCCAAGGAUUGGAACGAACCACCAGUAUAGUUCGUGUUGAAGCCCACCCAGAGUCAAAUAAGCCUGUGGUGAAACCCCCAAGCACUGAUGGAAGUGGCUCUUGGCGUUGGAAUCCAGCUGAAAAACGGCCAUCGAUACAACAGUCAGUUUUUAACAUCAAUGAUUUACACAGAAAUACAGACAGCUGUGAUUUCCCAAAGGAUAUCGGAACAUUGGAUGAGCGACAGAGUGUAAUGGGGACAAAUUUGGAAAGCAAAGGUGUUGUAGAAGGUGGUGUACACACCAUUCACCCACAUGCAGUAUAUUCAUUCCAUCACUCACCCAAUUUUCAGGAACCCAACUCAAACAAACCUUUGACUCCCAGUGCCAUUUUUUCCCCUCCAUUCCAUCACCACCCUCAGUCUAUCACUACCAUUCGAGUAACCCCUUUGGAAUCGACUUGUGCCAGUAGUGAGGGCAGCUCUGAUAGCCAGUCAGGUGCAUCUUCCAGCCGAGAAUCCACCUUGAGGAAAAAAAGUGGGACAAACAUUCACUUCACCCAAGAUCAAGGGCUUACAACUGAUCACAUUCUCUUCGAGAAGAACAACCUCUUCCAAGAAAACCUUGACUGCUUUCAAACCAACCCCAACCACUGUAAUAGGCAAUUAAAAGGAGUGUUGAAUCGUUCAGGCAGACAGCCCCCACCUAUUUUACCCCGCCCCCACAUGACUCACUCCCCCCCUCCAACUCUUGGAUUGGCCUUCAAGGAAGCUUAAUGUUAAGUACAUCCAUUAAAACAUGCUAAAAUGUUAUUGUGCCUCACCAACGCAGAUUUAAUUUUCUGGCAGUAUACACAUACAUAUUGACCAUUUGCCAACUGACUGGGGCAUGUCCUUUAGCUAUUUAUCUAUUUCUUUCAAUUUCCUUUGUUGACAUCACCUUAUAUUUAUUACCUUGUGAUGUGUAUUGAAAUUUUUUAAUUAAGUCAUUUAUGUUACAAGCCAUCGAGAACCUAAUGAAAUUCUAUCAAGAACUGAAUGAGGACAACUGCAGUAUGCAUGGUUGAGUUUGAUUAAUUUUUCCUUCCUUUAUCUUUUAGUCCACUGAAUAUCGGAAUACAGCAGACUAGGGGCUUUUUCAUUGUUGAACAAAAAUAUUAGACCUUUGAAACUGCUAGUAUAUCUGAUGAUUGUUCAUGGCUUUGCCAUACACAAAAUAUCUUCCGUGAAUCGCUCAAAAAUUGAUGAAGGCUCAAGAACCUGCCGGCCUCCUCUGAUUCCUCGGUCAUUGUUAAAUCAGGUGAUAAACGAAUAAGAUUUGAUCCUUCAGUAUUUAGAAUACUGAUCAAUAUUAGUACACCACCUUCUGAAAUUUGUGUAUAUCAGAAUUUUUGUUUGAUUAUUGUAGAAAUUUUACAUACUAAUGUAGAAUAAGCAAUUAAAAUACUGAUAAAAUAGUCAUUUUUAAUAUUUUGACCUGUAUGUUUUUGAAACCAGUAUAGACACAAAAUAGUAUUACCUGCUUUACAUGGGUCAACAUUUUCUUUUCAUUUUUAUAGCAUAGAUUGCUUUAAGUGGGUAAAACAUUUAUUUUGACCUAUACAUUGAAACCAGUGCAGAGACAAUAUACACUAGUAUCUCCUUUUUUUUCCAUGCUCAGACUUUUUUCAUUUUUAUAGCAUUAAUACAUUUUGGGAUUAUGAAGUAUUACUGAAUAACUAUUCAAUUAAUUAUGCUCUCUAAUAAUCAGAUUUUAGUUUAUGAAUUUACACACUAGUCCGAUUAAAGCCAGCAAUAUUAAAACAAUGUUGGCAUAAGGGCAAUGUAGUUCUUGUACAAAUAAUACAGCUAUGCAAGAAGAGUCAUGGAGCCAUUAUUGGGUACGAACGGGUCCAAAAAUCACUCCAGGAAUUUAAGAUGGACAGGCCCCCAGUGCACUUGACUAAAUCGAGAUGUUUUGUUACUCCCCUUGCAAAGCGAAGUCCUGAAUGCGAACCAGUGAGUGGUGACCAUGAUUGUAGGCUCAUAAAUCCAGUGCUAUACUAUACAUCAGGGGUCACCAACGCAGUGCCCGCGGGCUCAUGAUAGACCACGAGGACAAUUUAAGGCCCCCGCGAGGCAUGUUCUAAAAAUACCACAGCUUUAAAUUUUGAAUAUGACUUGCUUAUGUUAUUUAAAUUUUGAAAAUACCUGUAAUGUCACAUCAUACAAAAAUUUAAAACUAAAAUAUUUUAUGUAUGUAUGAUGAACUAUGACUGAAGUUUCCUGCAAACAAGUCAUGUAGCCCUUCAUACAAUCAGUCCUCACACAGUAGCCCUCAGCUUCAAAAAGAUUGAUGACUCCUGCUAUACAUGAUCGUUUUGCCUACCCAGUACGGCAGCCUGAAACACUGCAUCACUACCAGUCUAGUUAUUGAUGGUUCCAGUUGCAUUCUCUUCUUUUUGGUCCUACUCCCCCAACUAGACAACCACAUCUUCUUUCUCCUUCCCCAAGACCAGCACCACCUAUUCAAUUCCACCAUGGCUGUGGUCACCAAGUCCUUCAAUCAAUCCCUUCUACAGUGUUUGAUAGAUUACUUAGAAAAUAUAAUCGGUUACAAUGACAGGUGACCCUUUUUAAAAUGUAAUAGAAGUGUAACUAUUUCAUUUGUUUUCUCAAAGUAAUACAGCUAUUUACACUUGAUGAUAAUUUGAUUACUUUUUCUUAAUUUUGAACAACUUCUCAACUGAUAACCGUUUUCAUAUUUUGUGACCUGUUAGUGUUCAAAUAUUUCAGCAGUCAUUAAGACUACACAAAAUAGAUAUAUAGUACAGUAUACAUUAUAGCAAUAAUUUGACGAGUGAUGAUUUAUGGGACCGGCGGCACAAUGAAGCAACUAGUUAGAGCAUUUGGCUUCACAGUUCUGAGGUCUGGGGUUUAAAUCCCAGCCCCGCCUGUGUGGGGUUUGAAUGUUCUUCCCGUGUCUGCUUGAGUUUUCUUGAGGCACUCUGGUUUCCUCCCACAUUCCAAAAACAUGCAUUAAUGGGAGACUUUAAAUUGCCCUGAGGUGUGAUUGUGAGUGCAACUGUUAUUCGUUUCUAUGUACCCUGCGAUUGGCUGGCAACAAGUUCAGGGUGUUACCCGCCACUGCCUGAAGUUAGUUGGGAUAGGCUCCAGCAGUCCUCCGAACUUUGUGAGGGUAAGUGGCUCAGAAAAUGGAUAGAUGGAUGGAUGGAUGGAUGGAUGGAUGGAUGGAUGGAUGGAUGGAUGGAUGAUGGA